CACUCAAGUUCAACUCCUGUUCAGCUCAAAUCUUUCUCUAUCUCAAUUUGAUAUGAAAUAAAAUACUGGUCAUCCACAGGUAAAGCAGGACCUGAACGUAGGUCUCUUACAUCCCAGGUGACUGCCUUAAACACUGUGUUAUUUAAGGGUCUCACUUAACUAGAGACAGCUAAUGUAACGGUAUUUCUAACGACAACAACAAAGACACUAGAGGAAAAAGUUCCCACAAACCUCUACUAGCCAUCAUCACAACAUUGCUUCUACCUUUUAACUGGACUCCUAGUUUAUUUCACAACAGAGCACUAUGCUCCCCCUCCAAAGAAGAUGAGCAUAACUUGGAUUUUCAUGCUUACUCCAUGUCCCAUCUCCAAUCUGUUUCUAUCUGAACGCAUUAUGGAUUAGCAUAAGAGCAAAACUGAGCAAAACCUUCUUGAACCAUCAUAUGAUUUAAUCCUCCCCCAGGAGCAGUUAAUGAACCUUCUUCAGUAGUGCCUUUGGGAAUAUGGUGCAAAAGAUCACCAUUCCCUGACAAGUAGAGAGUUAGCUGUGUGUUUGGAGCUGGGACUCUUGGAGCAAGGACGGGCCAGAGCUGCGCUCUACACAAGAGCGGGGUGUGGGGAAGCCACCCAGCACCCCUCUGGCAAGUGGAAGGCAGGGCCUUCAAGGUGCCAUCCUGGCCUGGAUUCUGCCCAAUUCCCUUAGGGGAAACAAUCCCUCUGGCUUCCCAUUAGAUUUAUCCUUCCUGAUCUCAGCGCCAAACCAAUGCUAGGAGAUUGGCUGCUGGUGAGUUAUAGGAUGCCGUAGCCAUGGUAAUGAGAAAUUGCAUCAUGGUGCCCUGUGGUUGUAAAAAAGCAGUCUUGGGCAUGAAAGUGCGCACCCCCCUACACACACAUUCUCCCUUGCACACAUCGCUUGCAUACACUCAGUUGCUCACACACUCAGUUGCUUGCAUGCUGUCUCUUGCACACUCAGCUUCUUGCACUGUUGCUUGCACACUCAGUUGCUUGCCAACUGUCAGUCAGUCAGUCACUUGCACGCACACUCAGUUCCUCACUAGUUGUUCAGUUACUUGCACUCACACUCUGUCCCUCACCAGUCACUUACACACUAGCUGCUUGCAUUCACAUUGUCCGUCACUAGUCACUCGCACACUAGUUGCUCGCAUUCACUGUCCCUCACUAGUCACUUGCACACUAGUUGCUCGCACACUCAGUCACUCGCACACUAUCAAUUACACAGACUCAGUUGCUGACGUUGUCCAUACAGGUUCCCUUUCGUUUCUCUUCCACUUCCCAACUCCCAGGCCCGCCGGCCGUCUGGCACGUGCCACCCCGAGGCCAGGCCCCCCUCCGCCCUAUCUCAAAGAGCCAGGAACAGGCGGUGUCCCCAGCGGGGCUGGUGCAAGAGCAAGAACACUCUUGUAUCAUUGGAACAUAAUUCAUUUCAAGUUUGCUGCUGCUCCUGUUGAAGGUCAUGGCAAAAUUCCCAUCAACUUUAAUGAAGGCAGGACUUUCCCCUCUGUGAACAUUCCUGUUCUUCACAUUAACACAGAAGCUGCUCCUCAAGAGAAACUAGUAAUGGACACCAUCAUUCUUUUACAUCUCCCUGAAACACUCCAUGCUGUAAGUGAAUGAUUACCUUUUAAGACUGAGACUUGCACUAAAAUAUCAACAUUACUAAGGAUUCUCAAAGCUAAUUCUACCU